UGAAUUCCUCUCCUUUUCAAACCAAGAAGCCGCUAAACUCAUCUCCAAAACCCCUUCCAUCAUCUUUCCAACACCAAAUCAACAAUCCCUACAUUCAACCAUCAACUGGGUCUCAAACAAAUUCAAAAUCUUGAAACCCCAUCUGCAAAUGUCAUCUCCACCCCCACCAAACCCCCUCCCCACCACCACCACAACCCCCAAUUUCUUGCAACCCCAAAAACAUUCACACCCACCAGUCUACCAAACCUUCUACAACCCCCAACACUCCAAUUCACGACCUCAUCAUCAACAACCACCUCUCCCGGUCUCCAGUUACCCUUAUACGGUUAAUCGCCCACAUGGGUUCUUGAAUUCGGAUCAAUUGGUUAAGGCUAACCCCUUGUCUGCCCCUUUGCAACAGCCCCUUGUGGGUGGUGCUCCUACUGUUUCUGCAAACACAAAGGUUGUGGGUCAAUCAUCGGUUGCUUUUGAUAAUAGCUUAAGGGAAAAGAAUGGAGAUGAUGCCUUCAUCGUUAUUAGAGAUAGAAAGGUUCAAGUUUCAGAAGGCACUUCUCUUUAUGCACAAUGCCGCUCAUGGUUAAAGAAUGGGGUUACUUUAGAAAAACAGGUUCAAAUUUCAGAGGGCACUUCUCUUUAUGCACAAUGCCGCUCAUGGUUAAAGAAUGGGGUUCCUUUAGAAAAACAGACCCCAAUACCCACCAAUUUUGUCCCAGAUGUGAAUGAGGCGCUGCCUCAAGGCCGUGAGGCGUUUUCCAGAUUUUCUCGCACCUCAGGCCCACAGUAUCCGGAUGGUGUCAAAUCCCUUCCUAAGCCACUGCCUGCAUCAACGGUAGAAGCAAGAAAGGAGGAUGACCUGGAAUUAGAGGAGGAGAAUCCCGAGAAUGUCGAUCACUUGUCUGCUAAGGAGCUGUUGCAACUGCAUGUUAAUCAUGCGAAGAAGGUUCGAGCAAGAUUAAGAAAUCAACGGCUACAAAGAAUCGAAAGGUACAAAGACCGUCUUGCUCUACUCUUGCCUGGGGUUGCGGAUCAACAGCCAAAGAACGACCCUGCAUCUUGAAGCAUCCGCAUGCCAAUGAGCAAACCUGCAAAAAGAAGCCAACUCUUUAACCAACUUUAAUAAUUGGCUCUUUUUAUCUUUUAUCUUUUAUAUUACUUUAUAGUUAUCUUUUAAUCUCCUUUAGAACAUUGGAUAACUAAUUAGUUUAUGUUAUUAUGAAUAUGAUAACAGUGACAAUAUCUUUAUCUUCUUUUUGAUUUGUUGAAUUCACUGGACUGGAACUGGUGCUGGAAACCAUUUCAUCAAGAAA